UGUCGUUGCCGGGCUGGGGACCGGUGCCGGUGGCGGUGCCGUAACCGUAGCGCCGGACGAUGCUGUUCUCCCUGCGCGAGCUCGUGCAGUGGCUCGGCUUCGCCACCUUCGAGCUGUUCCUGCACGGGCUGGCCCUGCUCGCCUUCUCCGUGCUGCUCGUGCUCAAGGUGGACGGCGCGGCCGCCGCGCUCUCCUGGUGGGUCGUGUUCGUGCCCUUCUUCGCCGCCGACGGGCUCAGCACCUACUUCACCACCAUCGUGUCCGUGCGGCUGUUCCAGGACGGCGAGAAGCGCCUGGCGGUGCUGCGGCUCUUCUGGAUCCUCACCAUCCUCAGCCUCAAGUUCGUGUUCGAGAUGCUGCUGUGCCAGAAGCUGGUGGAGCACACGCGGGAGCUCUGGUACGGGCUCAUCAUGUCGCCCGUCUUCAUCCUGCUGCAGCUGCUCAUGAUCCGGGCCUGCCGCGUGAACUGAGCCCGGGGCUCCCCUCGCUGUCCCCGCGGAGGGCAGGUGACAGGCCGGGACAGGGCAGAGCAUCACGUUUCUCCAAAAGCUGCACAUCCCUGCUUGUGCCGCCUCAGCCCCUGCCUUGUCCUGCCCUGCGAGCGCGGCUGGGCGUGACAGUUAUUUUAUUUUCUCAUAAAGAUGCGUUGAAGGAUUGGGUUUAUUUAUAAAUUCUUUUUUCCUGGAAAGCUGUUGUACCUCAGACUGCUGCCUGGAGGGUGGCUGGUUGCUGUAGAUCUCCCGGUACAGCCCAGACUCCUGCCCUGCCCAGCAGCUGGCUCAUGGAUUUCCAUCUGUCCCCUCACCUCCCUGAGCACUUCCUGCCUUCAGUGCCCUGGCAGGGUUUUGUGAGGUCAUGUUCAGAUCACCGGUGUGUGUAUUUUUGAACAGGAAUAUGAUUUUU